AAAAUUAAAUGUCAACUCAUUUUUAUUCACUAAUACACUAUUUAGUCUAGUGUGGUUGGUUUGCUAACCCCACGUCUAGAACAUUUUUUUUCUUUUCCUUUCUUUUUUUAUAAAAAAAGAAAAAAGAAAACCAAAAAGGAAUAAUGGUCCGCCGUAUUUUCAAAAGGAUGGCGAGUCUCUCUCCCCAACUUACGCCUGCGAUCAAGCCUUGUGCUUGACUCGCUCAUAACACAAUGAUAUUCCUUUAACCUACCGCACUUUAGCCAAUUUCUCUGAUCAAAUCCAACGAAUUUUCGGAGGAUUUUUCCUUUUGGGUUCCAUUUAUCUGCACUCUUUUCAAUUGGGAGCAAAACCCAAAAUUCUGUUGUUAGUUUUGGGGUGAAUUGAAUUUGGUCUAUGAUCAGAGUAGACCAUGGAGAAUUUACCUGUUGAAGUGAUUGGAAACAUACUGUCCCGCCUCGGGGCUGCUAGGGAGGUGGUGAUUGCAUCUGCAACAUGCCGGAAAUGGAGAGAGGCUUUUCGAAAGCACCUACAUUGUCUCUCAUUCAAUUCCAAUGAUUGGCCUGUUUUUCGCGAUUUGCUAACUAGCCGGCUAGAGAUAUUAAUUACACAGACAAUUUUCCAAACUACUGGCUUGCAAGGGCUUACAAUCUUGAUGGAUGAUGUUGAUGAGUUUUCAGCUUCAACAGUUAUCGCGUGGCUUAUGUAUACUAGGGAAAGCCUGAGAAUAUUGUAUUACAAUGUUAGGACUAGCCCGAACCUUAACAUUCUGGAUAUUUGUGGGAGACACAAGCUGGAGAUGCUGUCUUUGGCACACAAUACAAUCAUAGGAGUUGAACCUAAUUAUCAAAGGUUUUCUUGCCUCAAUUCACUUUCCCUGAGUUAUGUCAGCAUUUCAGCAUUGGAUUUGAACCUUCUCCUUACUGCUUGCCCAAAACUCGAGUCCUUAUCCCUAAUUAAUCCCGAGAUUGCCAUGUCAGAUGCCCAAGUGAGUGUUGAAUUGAGCAGUCCAACGCUGAAGACUAUAUAUGUUGAAGCCAUUAGUUUGGACAAGUUCAUUUUGGAGGCUGACUCUCUCGAGGAUAUGCAUCUGAAAGAUUGUGCUCUGGAGCAGUUCGAGCUUAUUGGGAAGGGGACCUUAAAGCGUUUUCAAAUUGAUGAUGUUAGUGUUAUACAUCUUGAUAUUGGUGAAAUAGCUGAAAAUCUUGAAGUCAUCGAUGUCAGCAACUUCACAAUCAUUUGGCCAAAAUUUUAUCAUAUGAUCUCUAGGUCGUCAAAUUUGAGAGUUCUUCGGCUUUGGGAUGUGGUGUUUGAUGAUGAGGAUGAUAUUGUUGAUUUGGAAACUAUAGCUAUUUGCUUCCCAUAUUUAAGCCAUCUUUCAUUAAGUAAUGACUUGAGGGAUGGAGUGAUUCAUUAUGGAUUGGAGGGUUCUUAUCAUCUGCACAAUGUAGUUGUACUUGAAGUUGGUUGGACUGUUAUCAGUGAUAUCUUCUCCCAGUGGGUUGAAGAGCUUCUGCAGAGAUGUCCUAACCUUGAAAAGUUGAUCAUUCAUGGGACUGUUUCCGACACCAAAACACCUGAAGAAUGCCAAAUAUUGGCAAAUUUUACUUCCUCCAUUGUGCGGCUAAUGCGGCAGUAUAUGCAUGUAGAUGUGUAUUUUGAAUAUGAGUAGGGGCAGCAAUGUCUCUUUGUACACUCGAAAUUUUGGUAUGUCAAAUAUAGGCUGUUUUUUUUUUUUUUUUUUUUUUUUUUUUUUAAAUGUUGAUUGAUCAACCUGUUACGUACUUAUGUGAAUGAUAAGAAUGAGCUUUUCCUUUUUUUGUAUAAGAUUGAGGCAUUGAGCAGGCAAGGCAUGUCUGCCUAUUUUUUGUACCUGUCAUUCAAUUUAUCUGCUUCUGUGUUGUGUUCGA